AUGUCCGACUACAUCGACGAUUUUGAUUUCUCCUCCCUCUCCAUCGACGACAUCAUCGAUAUCGCUUUUGGUUCGCCGGAUGGCACCGCUGCAUUUGAGUCGGUGGACACACACCUCAAUUUUGCCUCUAGCUCUGAUCCACCUUCCAGUGGUAUGCCGCGCGUGCACUUCGACAACCCAUCCGCAGCACCUUUUCUCAUUGCGCAACCCAAUCCCCCGGUUGACGCCGAUGCGAUGAUGAACGAACACCUCCUCAAUGGUGUUACACUUUGGUCCCCCGCGACACCAAGCAACCAACGUUCGCAUCAUGCAUUCACGCCCUGCGACACCGUCUUCGCGUAA